AGCAGGUGUAGUUAAAACAUAUUGUUUAUAAUAAUUGAAAAUGAAAUGCUCUACAAGAUAAGAUAUUUAAUGAAAAAGUAAAAUGAAUGACAUAACAUUUAGUUCUUGUAGGGUUGCGAUUUUCCAAAGGGAUGUAUCUGUAUUGUCAGUUAAAUUUCGAAAUCAUAUUCAUCCCUUACAUCACAAUGGCCGGAGGACCUUACUUAUCACCGCUGCCUGGAGAUCUCUUGUCAGAAUAUAUGUUUGGCAGACGUCGACAGGCAAGUAGAAGGAAUCGAACAACCUUUACACCACAGCAACUUCAAGAACUUGAAGGACUUUUUCAAAAAACACAUUAUCCAGACGUGUUUCUUAGAGAAGAAGUAGCUCUUCAAAUAAACUUGUCUGAAGCUCGAGUACAAGUGUGGUUCCAAAAUCGCCGAGCUAAAUGGCGCAAACAUGCCAGGCUUCAAAUAAUUCAGGAUGCAUGGCGAAUCCGAUGCAUGGGUCUAAAUACGCAAUCAAUUCUCUUAGGACACCAACCAGAAACAUCUAAGAAUUUGAAGGAAGGUAAAGAAUCAACAAUAUCUGUCCGAACAUCCUUACCGUCACCCACUCAUAUACCAGGAAGUUAUAGAAUGCUACAAACAUUUCCAGCGUCAGAAAGGUCAUCUAUUGUUGGUUCUGCUACAACCCAUACUCUUUCUCCAAAAUUGUUUUGUCCUUAUUCGUCACAUGACAACGACUUUUUAAGUAAACGUUCAGCUCAUUUCCGCAACUCCAGAUCAGACAUGAAUGGUAAUGUAUCAAUAAUGUCAGAUACAAUGGAUUUAACGCAACCAAAGUCUCGCCCAUUAACUCCCGAAGAAGAAAGUGAUAUCAAUGUUAACGAUUGAAAAUUGAAUUUUUAGUGUACUUAAAACAUAAAAUAAUCCAAUGCCAACUUGUAUUAAAAAUAAUUAAUUUAUAACAUAUAUAAGCAUAAUUAGUGUUUUAAGCUAGGAGAACUUUCAACAUAAAAAUUUAUUUAUUGGCAAAAAUGAGAAAUUUUGUAAUAUUUUUUAUUACCUUAUUAUUUUUCACCUUAUUAAAUCGUUUGUUAAAUAAAUUAUAA